CACAAAACAGGCUAUCUACCUGGACCUCGACUUGACCGACAUUUUUGACGCGAUAUCGUGCCAAUGUAACCACAAGACCUAUACCUCUCAACUACAUAACUCUUACAACAAACCACGUGUUUCCCUGUAUCGGUAACAAGAGAAGGGUCGUAUAGCGCCUACAUAACCUACAACAUGGAAGAAAACGGAGCUGAAAGUCAGCAUAAAGAUCCCCAUGUCGCACCUGCAGCUCAGGGAGAUGGUGACAUUUCAAUUUCUGACAGAGAGGAUAAAGUCGACAAUCCCCCACGACAAGGUAAAUGCAUCACUUAUUGUUGGAGAUGCGGAAGACACAGUUUCACAUUUAAAGGAAAUCGAAAAUGGAGGAGACACCCUAUUAUCUGGAAGCGACACUGUGAAAGUUGAGAUCAAGCAAUCCGCCAUCGCGGGAAAAGAGACAAAGAAUGCAGUAUUUUUAUCGAUUUCGUUUCUGUCGGUAUUUACAUCGUACAUGGCUAUACAGAACUUGCAAGGAAGUCUCAACGAUGAAGAAAGUUUGGGAGUCAUAUCACUUGGCGUGUUGUACGGGGCUUCCAUCCUGUCGGGUAUUCUGGCCCCGCUGAUAGUGACACAGCUUGGUGUCAAGAGAGUGAUUAUGUACUCCUUCAUCGGUCACCUCAUCUACACGGCGUCCAACUUCUACCCCUCCUUCGCAACCCUCAUUCCGUCAUCCGUCAUCAUCGGGAUUGUCACGGGGCCCUUGUGGUCUUGUCAAGGCAUUUACAUGACAGUGUGUGCAGUGUCCUAUUCCCAGCGAACCGGGACCCAAAUGUACGCCUCGCUCAGUAGGUUUAACGGGAUUUUCUGGGCUAUAUUUGACCUGUCAAACAUUAUCGGAAACCUCGUGUCGUCGUUUGUCCUCUAUCAAAGCGAGUACAACAUAACGGUGGGAAAUUCGUCAGCCUUCUGUGGAGUAAACGACUGCCCUGAUUCAGAAACACAAGAUAAAAUCGCUGACCCUGAAUUCUACAUUGUGUACAUCCUGCUGAGCAUAUUCCUUGUUUUUGUAGCAGCAGGGAUCGGAAUAGUCAUCAUGUUCCUCUCUCCCAUCGAGUCCCAGUUCAAAAAGGGAGAUAUAUCGGUGAAAGAAUCACUUUUGUCCUGGUUCAAAGUAUUACAGAAAACAGACAUGAAAUAUUUAAUCCCAUUUACCUGCUACCUGGCCAUUGCCGAGGAGGUAUGCUUUGUAGAGGUGACUAAAUCCUAUAUAAGUUGUCCGAUCGGAAUAGAAAACGUGGGUUACGUGAUGAUGGUUUAUGGAAUCAGUACAUCACUUUCCAGCUUUGUGCUCAGUAGGGUCACUAAGUACACGAAGCGGCAUAUACUUUGUGGCGUGGCCGGAGCGGAACAGCUGGCAAUAUUCAUCUGGAUGUGCCAUUGGGUGCCCACAGAAAAGGACACAAUCAUUAUAUAUGUUUUACUAGCUUUCUGGGGGCUGGGUGACGGGGUGUGGAAAACACAGAUAAAUGCCAUGCUGGGGGAACAUUUCCCUGGGUACCUGAAUUCCGUAUUCGCUGUGUCAGAGGGCUUCAAAUCUAUCGCCUUCACAGCGGCAAUUGGCUACAGUAGUUUAAUGUGUGUAUACACAAAGGUAAUUAUAACUAUAUGUUUUUUAACUAUAGGAUUACUUUUAUACUAUUUUGUAGAGGUUCGUUUCAUUCGCAAACAGAAAUAUCUGAAAGCUGAUAAAACCACUGAAAUAAUGGAAAUUGAUUAAAUUGUACAUUUGUGAUAAAUGACGGUUACUUUAAUUUUCAUUGUAAGUUUGUCUGAAUGGGCUGGUGGGUUUAAUGGUAAUUGUAUUUUAGUUCACGUGUUUCUACAGUUGUCUGUGACAUUUCAUUUUUGGUAUAUGUGUUUUAAAGAUCCACCUUAA